AUGCAUAACGAGUCGGAAAUUACGUCUGGCGAUGGGACCCCGCCGUACACGGACGCCAGCCGAGCGAGCUGGCUCAUUGUUUCGACCGCGGUAUGCUUGUCGGUCACUUUAAUGUUCGUCCUACUGCGGGGCUACGUACGGGCAAUAGUCAUCAAGAGCUGGGGCGCCGACGAUACCCUCGUUGUCAUCUCAUUUAUACUUGCCAUCUUGACUGGUGUCAUUUUCUCCAUAUGUACGACCAAAGGACUUGGGAUGCACAUCUGGACCAUCCCGAUCGAUGUUCAACAAGAGGGCCGCAGGAUAACGAUCGGGGCUACCUUGUGCUAUAGCGCCACGUUCAUUGCAGUCAAGAUGGCAGUUUUGCUUCAAUUUCGACGGGUUUUCGCGGUACCGAAGUUUCGACUCGUGUGCGACAUCAUGUUUGGGUUUAUUUGCUGCUUUGGAAUUGCUGUAGUUGUGUCGUCCAUCGUCAUGGCAGCUCCAACUUGGAGGGGUGACACCUUCCAGGCAGAGAGAUAUGACCAAUGCGCUUGGUGGCUGGCGACAUCCUCCGUACAUCUGGCGACCGACAUCAUCAUCUUUCUGAUGCCGAUUCCAAUGUUGCACAGAUUGAAGCUCAGAGCAAUGCUCAAAGUCGCGUUGAUGGUGAGCUUCGGGCUUGGAUUCAUAACGACGGCGAUCUCAAUUGUGAGGAUAGUGACGAUCACGCAUGUAUUCACGGCGGAUGUUACGUGGGAUGUCAUUCCAGCCCUGGUUUGGUCCCAGGUGGAGGUCUGCUGUGCCGUCAUCUGCGUAUGCAUCCCAACUCUCCGCCCUCUACUACGCGUGAUGGGUAGGAACACGGACAGCCAAAAGAUCUUAUACCAAAGCGGGAGCACUCGACUCACUCGGAGGCCACUGAAGGCGACAACAACAGUCUCAAGCGAACAAACGAUUACGAGCCCAGACUAUCUGGAUGUGAUGGAAGUUGAGCCAAGGUCUAGGGUGGUUGAACAUUCACCAGGAGGUGGCCUUAUGGUCCGAACGGCGAUCAGCCCGGCGUUGACAGCAGGAGCAGAGUCGGAUGAUGGGUCUGACGGGUUUGGUGAGGCAGAUGAAGAGGUCGGCACGCCACUAAGCCCGCCGCCAAAGUCCUACUCCAGUCCGACGAGGAAUCGAUUUUGA